AGGGGUGGGUAGAUAAUGAGUGAAUUAUCAUUUUUGGGUGAACUAUUCCUUUACUGAUGCUACAUGGCCCUAAUUCCCUUGCAUAGUAUUUGGGAGUGUCGUCUAACUACAAUUAAUAUUGUGGCUCAUUGACACAUUGGUUGGCCUGUUUACACAUGUCUGCAAAUAACUACACUUCCUCCCAGUCAUGUUUCCCUAUAACAAAGUGCCUGAGAGUGAGGAAGCUGGUGUUUCACUUCUGGAACACAGACUGUUAUCCUGCUUUAUAGGCUGAAUUCUGCUCUGAUUUAUUCAAUAAUAAUAUAAUUGUGUGACAGAAAGUUAUCAUUACAUUUGUGCCUCUAGUCUCUCGACUAGAAGCUUUUAAUUUGUAAUAUAUUUGUUUUAUUGCGAAACUAUAUUUAGUUUGACGUGUCGCACAUCUCUCUCUCACACACACGAUCUUUGGCUGGUCAUGUGAGGAAGUGGAGCCGAUGAGUCUUCCGCUAUUGGCUGAUGGGAGCAACAAGAGUUGUCAUUGGUCCUUGUCUCUGAUUUAUGCUUACAUCAGCAUAGAGGCGCCCAUGGUUAUUGUUUACGUGUUUGUUAUCCUCAGAUGUACUUUCCUUGUUUUAAAAGUGGAUUAUUUAUCUAUCACCCGCUGAUUGUGUGUUAUGAUCGUACUAUGGGGGCGUUGUGAACCACUCUGUGUCCACGCGGCUCUAACUGACUUUGACUCUGCUUUCUGUCAUGACCUGAUGGCCAGAGGACAUUUUCAGUGAUACUGUGGUGGAGGGGACAUGUCUCUGUCCUCCCAGAUUCAACACGACACAACACGAUACGUCCUCGUAGCGCUGUGAAGAAGGGGAAGUGAAACAGGUUGAUCGCUAUCCAGCACCUCUCCAACUCCCUCUGUAAGAGCAAACUACCAGACAUUAGCUCUGUUUUAGCAAAUGAAGAGUGUCCUGUGGUCUUACGAUGCCGGACACGGAGAGGCCCCUGUCUGCUGCUGGAAAGCUCAGUUAUGCGCUGGGACACUUCCUGAACGACCUGUGUGCUUCUAUGUGGUUCACCUACCUGCUGGUCUUCUACCACUCUGUGCUGGGCUUCCGGAACACUAACGCGGGUGUGUUGCUGCUGGUGGGGCAGGUGGCUGAUGCUCUCUCUACACCUCUCAUUGGCUACGAGUCUGACAGAAAACCCGGCUGUGGAAACUAUGGCAGGAGGAAGACAUGGCACUUAGUGGGCACACUGAGUGUGGUGCUGUCUUUUGCCUUCAUCUUCAACCAGUGUCUGGGCUGCAACCCCCUUACACCUCAGUGGGUCAGCUUGACCUACUUCAUCCCGUUCAUCAUCGUCUUUCAGUUUGGCUGGGCGGCCACACAGAUCUCCCACCUCUCUCUCAUUCCAGAGCUGGUCACCUGUGAGGAUGCUAAAGUAGAGCUCACUGCAUACAGAUACGCAUUCACAGUGAUUGCCAACAUCACAGUGUACGCUGUAGCCUACCUGCUGUUCCACAUGCAAGCCAGUGAGGAUGGCGACCCGCUCAGCGAUGCACUUGGACCAGUAGACAUCCCCAUCUUUAGGAAUUUGGCUCUGAUUGUUCUUGGCAUCGGUGCACUCUUCUCCAUCCUCUUCCACCUGGGAACCAAAGAGUCAAGGCACAGAGCCGAAGGGGAGGCGCGAGGAGAGGAUGUGAGGAAGAGGAUGGAGAAGGUAGAGGAGGAAAGUGAGCGCAGCCCCUUGCUCCCUCGCUCCCAGACCUCCUCAUCUCUUCUUCAGUGGAAGUGUUGGCUGCAGCAGCCUUCUUUCUACCAGGUGGCCUUACUCUACAUGUCUACCAGGUUAAUAGUGAAUCUGUCUCAGACCUACAUCUCUAUGUAUCUUAUUAACACUCUGGGGCUGCAUAAGAAGUUCAUAGCGACGAUACCAUUAGUCAUAUACAUGAGUGGCUUCCUGUCCUCCUUCAUUAUGAAGCCUCUCACUAAAUUGAUUGGAAAAUGUCUCACCUAUUUUGUUGGCCUGCUGCUUAUCAUGGCCUUCUCCUACUGGGUGCUGCUGGAUGACAGGAUGGGUCAGCAGGUGUACGGGGCAGCUGUGUUGCUGGGCGCAGGCUCAGCCACCAUCCUGGUCAUAUCGCUUGCCAUGACUGCUGAGCUCAUUUCCGAUCAGACUCAAAGUGGAGCAUUUGUUUAUGGAGCCAUGAGUUUCACUGAUAAGUUGGCUAAUGGAGUGGCAGUGAUGAUCAUUCAGGCACUUCAUCCUUGCCACACUGUGGUGUGUUGUCCGGCCUGUGUAUGGUUCUAUCAUUACAUCAUGGUCAUUGUGACAGGAGGCGUGGCUGUCAUUGCAGCCAUGGCUCUCUGCUCCAUCCUCAUCUGGCCAAUAAGCAUCAGACCACGUGGUUUGCCUGUCAUCUCUGAUGAUGUCAUCCCUGAUAAUUCAGACAGUGUCAACUAAUGCCACUGAAACUGACUCCAUCACAGUGCAACUGAAAGGAGCAUACUCUAGACAGAUUCAUGUUAUUUGCCAAAUUAAUUCCUGAGUAGCUUCUCUACUUCAUAUCGUAGAAGAUUUUAAGCUUCAGGGCUUAUUCCAACAAUGUACAAACUUUUCCCCAAAACUAUCUUGACACAUCCCAGACUGUUUUUUUUACACAAAUCCAGAGAAUAUAGGUUAAUCUCAUUGAAGUGAUGAGUGACCGCAUCCUUAAUACUGGACUAUAUUGUAAUAAUGUUUGUCUUUACAUUGUUGAAUGUAGAGACACAGUCAUACUUCAAGGGAUAGUUCACCCAGGAAUGAAAAUUCACGCAUUAUCGACGCAUUAUCUACUAUGCUCAUGGAGGUGUGGGUGAAGUGUUUGUGUCCACAGUCUCAGGGGUAAACAGAGUAAGACAUACUGCCCGUUCGGGUCAUCCAAGUGUCCGCAAGCCACGACAUUCAUAUUUGAAUGUCAAAUUCGUAUUUGACCCUAAACGAGUGAAUUUACAUCCAGAUGAAAAUUAUAUAUAACUUUGGAAAAUUGGGCGAAAAAUGUCUCACACUCACAAAACAUUCCUGGCAAAACCUCAGCUCAGCUCACCUCAACUGGACCACUACCCAGACAAUGGGAUCUGUGAUCCAGAUCAUCCGGCAAACAAAAGGGAACUGGCCACAUAGUGUGAAGUAGGGGGAAAAAAAGGACCAUUUAAAAUCCACUCCUCCUGUCAGCUUGUCAGGUAUAGUGACAGUAAACGCUUUUUUGCUUCAAUAACACGUUGUUGCACUACAUCUUCCCCCAUAGAUAAACCACUACGUUUAUAGACUGUCAGUGGUCACAUGAAGAGUCACCCUGAACUCCACAGACUGGCAUGAUGAAUGCACAGAUGACACUUAUAAAACAAAUGAACCUUAAACUUUCAACGUGACUUUGGGGAGCAAACAGGCAGGGAAAUUGCUGACAGCCAGUCACUUCACUGGCUGUUUGAAGUGACUUAGCUUCAUGCACUUGAUUUUUGGACAAGUGCCUGGAUACCAGUAGAGCGCUGCAGUUUUAAGAGAUGCUGACGUUCAUUUAAAACCUGUUCUGCUGCACUUAAGGAUUAAGGCAUACUGGGAUAUCUUGGGAUUUUUGAGGGUCAUCUUAUUAAAAAAAAUUGUGGUAAUGUUUCUAUUUUAAUAAUUUUAUUUUUAUUAUCAAAAGACACACAAACAACAGAAUUGCAUUUGCUAUAACCAGACUUUAAAGGGAUCAAUAGUGUGAUAUGUGAGUUUAUAUAAUAUAUAAUUAUGUAUAUAAGGGAAUCAUGCAGGUACUGAUGUUUGACUGGUCGCUGUGUGAAAGUGUCCGUCUGUAGUCUUGUUCUGACAAAGCUUCUCAUAAUUUUUCAUAUAAUUUACAUGACUUUGUUUGUUUGCCUUUUUCGUGUCUUUGCUGCUCUGAUGACAUCUUCCAUAAAGGGACAUUAAAUAUG